UCCGACCUCGGAAGUGUCAUCCACGAGCAGCUGUCAUGGCGGCCGGUUCGCUGCAGCCUUCCAUGGCUCCUUAUUUCCCGGGCUACCGGCCCUUCGACCCGGAGUCUCUGGGACUGGGGGACGGUUUCCGGCUCACUUCCUUCUCAGACAUGAAGGGGUGAGGCUGUAAAGUCCCGCAGGAGACGCUGCUCAGACUCCUGACGGGACUGGAGGAGGGAGAGCCGGAGGACAUCGGGGUUCCCAGGCUAGGAAUCGGGAUGGACUCGUGUGUUAUACCUCUUAGACAUCGGGGGCUGUCCCUGGUUCAGACCACAGAUUUCUUUUAUCCGUCGGUGGAAGACCCCUACAUGCAGGGACGCAUUGCGUGUGCGAAUGUGCUGAGUGACCUGUAUGCCAUGGGAAUCACAGAGUGUGACAACAUGCUGAUGUUACUUAGUGUCAGUCAGAAGAUGACAGAGGAGGAGAGAGAGAAGGUCACACCCCUCAUGAUUAAAGGCUUUAAAGAUGCGGCUGAAGAAGGAGGUACGUCAGUAACUGGCGGCCAGACCGUGGUUAAUCCCUGGAUAAUCAUUGGUGGAGUGGCUACAGUGGUUUGCCAGUCGAACGAAUUCAUCAUGCCACACAACGCAGUUCCUGGGGAUGUCCUCGUGCUGACGAAACCUCUAGGCACACAGGUGGCUGUGAAUGCACAUCAGUGGUUGGAUAAUCCUGAGCGCUGGAAUAAGAUCCGCCUAGUGGUGACCAGAGAAGAUGUUGAGCUGGGAUAUCAGGAAGCCAUGUUUAAUAUGGCUACCCUUAACCGUACAGCGGCAGCUUUGAUGCACAUGUUUAAUGCCCAUGCUGCCACCGAUAUCACUGGAUUUGGGAUCUUGGGCCAUGCGCAGAACCUAGCACAAGAACAGCACAGCGAGGUCAGCUUUGUUAUCCACAAUUUGCCCAUUAUAGCCAAAAUGACUGCCAUCACAAAAGCCUGUGGAAACCGAUUUAGUUUACUUCAAGGAACAUCGGCAGAGACAUCUGGUGGCUUGCUCAUUUGCCUUCCCCGAGAGCAGGCUGCUCGCUUCUGUGCAGAGAUCAAAUCACCCAAGUAUGGAGAGGGUCACCAAGCAUGGAUCAUUGGCAUAGUGGAAAAAGGAAACCGGUCAGCCCGGAUUAUUGACAAACCACGAAUCAUUGAGGUGAUCCCGAGAGGGGCUGGGAGUAGUGAUAGCAGCACUGCACAGAGCCUUGAUGGACAAUGUUAAAUAAGCAUAGUGCCUGUGAUUGCUAUAAAACUAUAGCUGGACAUUUUAAUUGCGGUGUUGAUGGGAGCGAAAUAUAAACCUGGAUCAGAAACUUGAUUUUUUUUUUUUUCUCUUCAUAAUGGAAACAUUUUCAAAAGCCCAAAGACUAUCUUUCUAUUUUUUUCCCCCUAACCUUCACUCCUCAGCCCAGGCCUGAGCAGCUGGGUUUGUGCGAUUGUGAAGAAUGGACACCAAAGCCCCGAGGACCCCUCAUCUAUUCAUGAUGCCUUUUUCUGUUAAAACCCAUGAAGGGCUAGAAAAGGCUGAGAAACCCAGAAGAGGGGAAGACGGCUAAAAACUUUGGCUUGGGCCUUUACAAUGUUAUCAAUAAACUUCAUGUCAAACCAAAUAAACCUCUUGUUCUUGAUUCGUAA